UCUCCAACAGGUUCCCCAAAACAUAGGUCCGCAAGGCCGCGGCUUUCUCCGUGCAGCCCGCGCCCCAUCGCACAGGACGCCCCGCCCCCUACCCUUCGGCUGGCGGAGCGGCGUCCCUGACCCCAGUUGCCGCGUUCUAUUUUCCCACCAGGGGGCGCUCCAAGACCGCUUUUAGGGUGAGCCCAAGGCGCCGCGGUGCGCUUUGGAAAGAAGGUUAAAGUCACGCAGACGCGGCCCAGUCUGACUCAAAGGUAGUGGGACACUGGCCCAUCUCCUUGAAGCUCCAAGCUCCCCCUGUCCUUUGAACGCCAGUCUGUGGAGAGUGGACUGCCCUGUGGCGCAGUGGUCUGUCGAAGUGAGGCCAACUGCAUCAACGUCUGGGAAUUUCUUAGUCGCCUCUACAGGUCUAUUGAAUCAGGAUCUGCUUCUUCCAGGUGCCUGAGAGUAGUAUUCGGGAACCCCAGCAGACGCCAUCCACCAGGUAGAAUCUUCAUUAUUCGUGGAAUUGGAGCUGGCGGGUGAUUGCGACUAUGACGAUGAACCUGUUGGAGGACUGGUGCCGCGGGAUGGAUGCGGACAUCCACAGGUGCCUCUUGGUCACGGGCAUCCCGGAGGACUGUGGCCAAGCGGAAAUUGAGGAGACAUUGAACGGGGUCCUCUGCCCGCUGGGCCCGUAUCUCAUUCUGAACAAGAUGUUUCUGAGGGAAGAGAACGCCAAAGCCGCCCUAAUUGAGGUGGGCGAGGGUGUGAGUCUCAGUGCCGUACCCCGGGAAUUUCCGGGACCGGGAGGGGUCUGGAGAGUAGUCUACAGAGACGCCACCCAGGAUGCAGAGUUUUUAAAAAACCUGAAUGAAUUCCUGGAAGCCGAGGGCCGCACCUGGGAGGAAGUGGUCUACCUGCUCCAGCUCAACAACUGCCUGUGGCCCCAGAGCGAGCAACCGCCUACAGAGAACUGGGCAGAAGCUUUGGGGGUGAUCCUGGGGACUGUGAUACAAAUCAUCUUCUACAUGGAUGCAGAGAUGCGCAGCUGGGAGGAAACUAGGGCCCAGGAGGCCGCUGAGUCCUACGUGGCUGCGGCGGCAGCAGCAGCAGCGGCAGCAGCUGCUGCUGUUUCAGGAGGGGGGAAGAAGGUCAAGAAGGAGCCGGGCAAGGCUGCCGAGGUGGGCUCUGCCCUGAAGGUGGAGAACCCAGACAGCUGGAAUGACACGGAAGAUGAAGGUGACCCUCCCAAACCUUUGGUUCGUAAGGCUGGAGCCAAGCCUCGCUCCAGGAGAAGGAAGCAGAAGAAGAACCCCAAGCAGGGACCAGCGCCCUGGAAGAAACUCAGAGGCUACCAUUCCAACAGCUCGGCUUCCCUGGAGGAUCUUGAGGCUGAUGAUGGUGAAAAUAGGGAGGUGUCAGAAUAUGCCAAGAGCAACAGAAAGCCCACUAUGAGGCAGGAGGAGUGGGCUUUCAAGAAGCUUGUGGAGAAAUGGGGUUGGAAGUCUCCCAGACCGGCGCCUCAGGAUGCCGGGGCGGAAGCUGCCUCUGAGUCAGACCAAGAGGGUGGUCGUGAGGGCCCCCGCAGGAAGAAGGGCUGGGCUUGGGCAAAGAGUCCCACCCUCCUGAGGAAGAAAAAGAAGGUGAGCUUGGGCCCCAUCUCCUAUGUCCUUGUCGAUGUGGAAGAUGCCAAGAAUAUGCCAUUGAUUCCAAAGCAAGGGCUAAGCUGGAGGAGGGGGGUGUCAGUUCAGAGGGCCCCUGGAGGCUCUCAGCCCGCUGCUGAGUCACCAGCCCCAACGUCACAGGGUGCGAAGGCCAAGCCAGAAGGCUCUCCUCUUGAACCCAGGAAACUGAGUUGGGGGACCACGGAGCUGAAAGAAGACCAAGGAAGGAGUUUCAAGUUGGGAACAAAGCUUUCUCUUGUCAUUGAGUGAUCCAAGACUUUUGACUCACUUAGGGACCUGCUUUGUUUUGUUUAUCUUCAUUCAAGAAUGUGUUUAUUGCUUUUAGAGAGAAAGUAAGGGGGAGAGAGAUAGAAACUUUGAUGUGAGAGAAACAUUGAUCAUUUGCCUCCCAUAUGUGCCCUGAGUGGGGAUCGAACCUGCAACCUUUUGGUUGCAUGGGAGGACACUCCAACCAAUUCACCCACCCAGCCAGGGCAGGGACCCACUUGGUAGAGAUUUGGUUCUCAGGUAAAUACUACACGAGAUCUUAGGUGGGAGGAAUCGAGGGAGGGAGGUAUACUUUUUUCCCCCCCGCCAGGCCUGCUUUCUUAUCUCCUCCUAGACUCACCUGUGAGGCUGGUGAGUCAAUAAGCAGAUGGGAGAAAUUCUAGAACAUUUUUCUUGAUACUUGGACAGGGUCACUGCUACACUGCUCCCCCAUUCCCUGCUGCUUCUGAGGGGUCGGCUGAGGGGCGCAGGGCCUGGCUUCCUUGUUCCUUCCAGUCUUCAACUUCCAUCCUCCAGUUAUCUCACCAGAGGGUGGAUUGGUUCCAAGAGUUAGUUUUGGGACAAAAGGAUGUCUUUGAAGUAUUUGAGUUUUAAGUUUUGUUAAUACAGAUGGUGCUUGGAUUUCCCACUUUGGGUAAAACCCUGUUGGGAAUCUGCGGGAAAGAGGGGUGAUUGGUAGGGAAGGAUGGGGCUGUCCUGCCUCCCCUGCUCUGAUUCCAUCCAGUGCCACCAGAUAGUCAACAUAUUGGAGGCUGAAAACACUUCUCACAUUACAGCAAGAAGGAAAAAUACUCUAAAAAGUUGGUCAUCUGUUUCUGCCCUCUGAAUAGACCACAUUACCACGUCUCCUGUGUGCGUGUGCGGGGGGGAGAGGGGACAGGCUCCCUGAGGUCAUUGGUUUCCUCUGAGGAGGUCCAAGGAGCACUCAAAGAUGUAAUCCGAAUCCAUCUUUUCACAUAUUUAAAAAAAAUUUACACAAUUUACGUUGUCUGUCAAACCCAUCACAUCGGAGGCUAUCAAAAUAUUACCUUGACUUCAUAAGUUUCUGUACAGGUCUCAAAUGAAUUGUGUCUGCCGUUUAUUUGUGUAUAAGUAUUUUUUUUGUAAGUGGGACUGACGAAUCAAGUCUUGUCGAUCUCACUGACCUGGGCACUCAGUCCCACGCAUGCGCCCUGUGCUGGAAAUGUAAGUCCCGCUCAUGUCUUGUUGAUGUCACUGACCUGGGCACUCAGUCCCGCGCAUGCGCCGUGUGCUGGAAAUGUAAAUCCCGCGCAUGCGCUCUGUGCUGAAAAAGGUAAUUCCCCUGUUUCGCGCUGCGAUUUCCAGUUGUGUGUGAGCAAGUUAGUGCACAUACGUGGUUCAUGCUAAUAAUAUUCUGUCAGGAAGAGGUCAGCCCUUUGCGUUUUCAGUCUGUUGACUUCAAUUUUUGUGAUCAAGGAUGUGAAGUUGUUAGAUGUUGUUAGUGAUUCAUCGUGGAAAACACUUGCUGUGACAAUUCCUUUCAAAUUCCUGCAUGAGUCUUGCCAAAGAGGCAGGAAGGGAAAAAAGCGACUUUCCCUUGCUACUAUUCAUCUGCGUCAUUCCGUUUUUCCUUGGCGUGUGCAGAAUGGAGCAUAGAGGCCUCCUGGACUCUCUCGGUGACGGAAACCUGCCACGCCCCAGCGCCCGAUUUCAAAACCGGGUCCUUUUGGGCUUCAUCAUGUGAACAAAUUGACACCAUAAUCAGUAAUUGUCAGUGUAUAUGUUAUGAAAUAAA